AAGAAAAAAGAGAGAGAAAAGAAAGAAAGAAAGAAAAAGAAAAAGAGAAAAAAAAGACCCACCCUGUAAUUUGAUAGGCACACUUGUCCUUCUGCACAUUCAGGAGGCUUCCAGAGAGGCUGCCCGAAGGAAUUCUCUGGGGUAAGGGCCCCCAACCCUGCCAGCAACAACCCCUUGACCAUAUUAAUGUUGCUCUUCAUGACCUUUUCUCACUAAUUUGUGUGCGUGUGUGUGUGUGUGUGUGUGUGAUAAUACGUAUGUAUAAACUUACAUACUUGAAAUCGGGAUGCAAGCAAGUCUAGGUUUGACUAGCAGUAUUUUCUUUCCCAUGGAACGGUGGGAGGUGGGCCUUAGAUGUGGGGAAACACAAUGUUCCUGCCCUCCUGGAGGGAGUCUUUAAUCCUCUGGAUUGUGAAGCAGAGCCAUCAGAACCACCUCCAUUCACGGAAGGGGAAACUGAGGCUCCACGGAGGGACAGAAACGUCCCACCUUAAGUUCCAGGCCACUGGGCACAGGAGGGCUUCACCAGACCGAGGGUGUGGAGGCCAGACUGGAAGAAAUCAUUAACUUCUAGAAGACAGUCCUGUGCUAGUAACUGGACUGGGGCUCCCAUGAGACUUGGGAUAGAGGGAACAUGAACCUCCUUGGGGAUGGAGUGGUGGCUAACAGUAUCAGCUGAGGCCCAGUUCCUAGUCAAGAGAGUAUAUGCCUGUAGUGGGAUAGGAGGUAGGGGUCAGUGGGUUUCCAGGGUGAGGGUCUAAGAGCCUAGGGGAAAGAAGUUGAAUCUUCUUAAGAUCCAGGCUCAGGCAGCCCCGUGAUGGUAGCUGGAAAACCCUCCUGCAAGCCGGCUCUGCCUAGAGGCAGGUCACAGACAGUCCUGACCUCUCCCAGGCAGCCCCCAGGAGAACCAAGGUGGGGCAGGAUAGCCAUGGACUAGGCUCCAAGUCCUGGCAAGCUUUGAAGCUGAGACUUGGAUAUUUCACAGAUGACAAGUGUGAGGCCCACAAAGAGGAAGAGACUUGCCAAGGGCCCCCAAUGAGGGGUCUCCAGGCCUUAUUUUUUCAGUGUGACAGCAGCGAUAGCUCGCAUGGAUGGAGCACCCCCUGUAUGCCAGGGUUUGCUAAGCACCUUACACACAUUUCUGUGAGGAGGCCACAAUCCUUAGCCCUACUUUCCGAAUGAAAUCAACAAGAGCCAAAGAGGUUUUAAGCAAUGUCCCCUAGCUCAUGGUAGGUGCUGGAAAAAGGAAAACAGGCAGUGGAACUGCAGAUCUCAGGCCCUUCCACAACCAGUGAACUUCCUAGAAGGUUUUCCAUGUCACCUAUGUCCUGUGUCUGGCACACUUGGGGGAUCCCCACCCCAUCCCAGGCACCAGACUCUUGACGAAUCAGACCUGACCUUGUAAACUCUCUGGCCUGUGGGGAGACAUGCAGGCACCCUGCUACCACCAAAGCUUUUAAAGUACACCCCUAGGGGGUCACAGGCAGCCAGAGGAGGGCGCCCUGACGCAGGGUCGUUUUGACGCAGUGAUCUCACUCCCAGGGAGGGGCAAAGGAUGCUGGUGGGAGGAGUGGCUCCCAGGUCCUGGGAGCUGUGGGCCCCAGUUUGGGUCCUUGCUUACCCAACUCUGCGUCAAGGUACCGCCAGACCUCCUGGCUUCUUCACGCUGCUGUGGACAAUGUGAGCUGCUCUUAGCUGGGAGCCAUUCAAGAGAAAGUGGGAGAUUGGUGCACCAGUCCACCGGAAGAGGGAAAGGACGCGUCUAGCCAUAGAAAACGGGAAGGAAUAGGGUAUCCACGUGUCCCACGUAAGGGAGUGGGAGCUGUCCAACUGCCUCUCGAAAUGGUAAAAAGAAAAACAGAAAGAGAGGUGGCCCUAGGUCUUUUGGUCAGGGAUGGGGAGGAAGUAAGUUAGCCAUUGGUAGAAAUUGGGAAUGGGCUGGCCUGCUCUUCUGUGUGUCCUCCUCUGGCCCCUCAGGACGAGGAAGGAGAGGACUGUGCAUUUCUGGCAGGGAGAAUGCUCUGUGGGUCCAGUGCCACAGGGCCCGUGGGGUGCCAGAGAAGCAUCCGUGUCCAUCAGGGCAAGUAGGGCAGCCUUUGGUCUGACACAAAGCCAUAGGUUUAUUCUGGCCGCGUAGAUGGUGAGGAAUUGUCCAGAACGUCUGCCCAGAAAGCGCAGUUCCUAGGAGGCGGCCCGUUGUGCCUAGACAAGCGACCGAAGCUGGCAUACAUCUGUGGGCAGGGCCUGGCCGGGCAACUCCACGGCGGGCAGAGUGCAGGCGCCAACUAGCGGUGGCUCCCGAAACUGCUCCCCGCCCGGAGGGCCCGGGCGACCGCAGGCUGGAGCCCCAAGCGUCCCCCGGUUCCCGCGCCCACACGCCCACACGCAGUGAGUACCCUCCGGAGGGCUGGAGCCACGCCGGAUCCUGUGCCAGGUGCCGAGACCCACAGGAACCGCAUUUUCAGGAUGUCCGUUUGUGAACCCACCGUAGGAUGAGGGAGAAAUCAGGCGGAGGGGCAAGUAAGGGCACGGGUGCAAACCGAAACCACUAGACCAAUCGAAUUUACAAACCUCUGAUACAGCGGGUCCUGGCCCUACAGCCGCUCCAGGGCCACACGGGUCGCCCCCACCCCCACCCCGGCCCUGGGCCGUACCUGGCCACAACUUGGUGGGCCUUUUGGCGGGAAGCUCCCAGAGAUCCGACGCGCCAACGCCCCGGUACCUCGUUUUUUUUCUGGUUCCGCCGCUACUGCCUCCCCGUAUGGGAGAGUGCAAGGGCCGUGGCCCCGGCGAUCUGCAACUCCGAGAUGCAGGCUCUCUAAAUAGAUCCCAUAGGGUCCUUCGGUGUCCCCGCCUUAGAAAUGGCCCGAGGGGCUGACGUGAGGCGACGACAGGGUCAGGGACCAGCUCUCCAGGUGGUCGAGGUUGUGCCGGAGCCUCUCCGCCCUGCAGCGCACGCGGGUCUUGAAUUCGUUCCGCAACGACGAAAUGGCGCGCACUGGGCCGGGGUCAGAUCCCGGCUGCGAUCUGGCGGCCACUUUCGGAUUCUAUCCUUCUUCGCUUCCGAGGCUUGGAAUUUGUUGCACUGCACCUGUCAAGCGCCGAGAACAACGAAUACUCAGCCCCGUCUCCAGACGGCCGAGACUCGACCCGAGCACCAGCCGCCGCUUCACACCUCCCUCCACGGCCUUCCCCUGCGGCGGCGGCGGCGGCGGCGGCGGCGGCAGCGGCGGCGGCAAGAUGGGCGAGAACAGCGGCGCGCUGAGCGCGCAGGCGGCCGUGGGGCCGGGCGGGCGCGCCCGGCCGGAGGUGCGCUCGAUGGUGGACGUGCUGGCGGACCACGCGGGCGAGCUCGUGCGCACCGACAGCCCCAACUUCCUCUGCUCCGUGCUGCCCUCGCACUGGCGCUGCAACAAGACGCUGCCCGUCGCGUUCAAGGUGGUGGCGCUGGGGGACGUGCCCGAUGGAACAGUGGUGACCGUGAUGGCUGGCAAUGAUGAGAAUUACUCUGCGGAGUUGCGUAAUGCCUCGGCGGUCAUGAAGAACCAGGUGGCCAGGUUCAACGACCUUCGCUUCGUGGGCCGCAGUGGGCGAGGGAAGAGUUUCACACUGACCAUCACCGUGUUCACCAACCCCACCCAAGUGGCCACCUACCACCGAGCCAUCAAGGUGACCGUGGAUGGACCCCGAGAACCCAGACGGCACCGGCAGAAGCUGGAGGACCAGACCAAGCCAUUCCCUGACCGCUUCGGGGACCUGGAACGGCUGCGCAUGCGAGUGACGCCGAGCACGCCCAGUCCCCGUGGCUCGAUCAGCACCACCAGCCACUAUAGCAGCCAGGCCCAGACCCCCAUCCAAGGCACCUCGGACUUGAACCCGUUCUCCGACCCCCGCCAGUUUGACCGCUCCUUCCCAGCGUUGCAGACCUUCACGGAGAGCCGUUUCCCCGACCCCAGGAUGCAUUACCCCGGGGCCAUGCCGGCCGCCUUCCCCUACAGCGCCACGCCCUCGGGCAGCCUCAGCGUGGCCAGCAUGCCCACCACCGGCCGCUUCCACCACACCUACCUCCCGCCGCCCUACCCGGGGGCCCCGCAGAACCAGAGCGGGCCUUUCCAGGCCAACCCGUCUCCCUACCACCUGUACUACGGCGCGUCCUCCGGCUCCUACCAGUUCUCCAUGGUGGCCGGCAGCAGCAGCAGCGGGGGCGAGCGUUCCCCGACCCGCAUGCUGGCCUCCUGCACCAGCAGCGCCUCUGUCGCCGCGGGCAACCUCAUGAACCCCAGCCUGGGCGGCCAGAGCGACAGCGUGGAGGCGGACGGCAGCCACAGCAACUCCCCUACCGCCCUGAGCACGCCGGGCCGCAUGGACGAGGCCGUGUGGCGGCCCUACUGACCCCCCCCGGGGUCCAAGCAGAUGGCUCCCGGCGGAGGCAGGGAUCCCACGAAACUUCCGGACAAGUGGCUGGCCCGGCUCGAAGCUCCAGGCAGGAGUGGGACUUACCGCUCCAGGCCAGUCAUGGGCGCAGGGGCCACAAGGCCUGGGGCCUAGUGCUGGUGGGCGGCUCUGAGAGCAUCCAGUCCAGCCACGUCAUUGUACAGAUAGGUAGGGACCUCCCUCAGGACGCUGCCCCUAGCCCAGACCCUCAUCAUCUCAUCCCACGUUCCUGUGGGAAGGUUAUCCUCCUGCCGCGCCCCCGGAAUGACCUGGCUCUCCCCAGCCAUGCCCGGUGCUAUCACAGGGCCCAGGUUCCCUGGGGCAGAGACCAUCUCUGUUCCAGAGAGAGGUGGCUUUUGCCCACACGGCUUGGCCUCUGACCCACGGGGCCCUGGAAAGACCUCCCCACCCGCUCCCCUUCCUCAAAGACCCUGUACCCGUGGGCCCAGCCCUUCCUUAGCAUUUAUGCAAAUUGAAUCAGAACUGGAAGGUCUCUCCACCCCUGAAAGGGUUUCCCUUCAUUGUAUGGAUGGGGACAGGGUCCAUCCAAGGGCCCCUGGAAAUCACUGGCAGAGAUGGGAUGAGAACACCCUCAAGCCAGUCUCCCCCCCCCCCCCCCGCCCCCUACCCACCGCCCCGAGACCUACCCCCGCCAGCUCUGCUUCCCUAGAGUUCCUAACAGCCGAAAGCUCCCAUCCUGUCUCAGCUAUCUGCGGGUCCCAGGCCCCCCAGGAGACUAGCCAAUGGCAGCAGGUCCCUAAAACCAGGAAAAACACCUGCAGACAGGUCCUCUGUGCACUUUACCAGCCCAAGGCGUUUGCCCUCUGUUCUCUUGGUGGAGGGCCAAAGAUCCCCCCUACCCUUGCCCCCAGGCUGGUCUCAGAAUUGCCAUUUGUGGAAAGAGCACGGGGCCCAGAAAGGUCCUACCAGAAGGCAUUGGUGAGAGGUCACAGGGUCAGAUUUCAGCUUCCCCGUCCCACCUUGGUCCAGGCAAGCUGUGCACACUCCACAACCCCAGGCUUGUGGGCCGGCCCGGUCAGAUCUUCUAGCCUCUAACAGGGUUCCAUCUUGAACCGGUCUGGGCUCCAAAAGCAGACUUGGACAAAAACCAGUUUUUAAAGCUGAUUUUAGAAUAAGAAACAUCAAAUAUUUUCAAACCCCCGGUCUCUUAGAGGUAAAGCCUUGCAGUAGCGAACAGCAUCCUCUCUGCCUUCUGGGAGUGGCAUUGUCAGGCCCUCCGGCAUCCCACCAACUCCCACCCAAGGGCCCAUGUUGGUGGGGACCCAAGGGAACCCCAGGUGACACUAGAACUCACAUCUGCGGCUCUCAGAUACCCACCCAAGAGGAAGUAGAGAAGUGGGGUGGCGGCAGAAGGGCCGGCCAGCACCUCAGCUCGGCACAGCCCCUAGCCUCAGGAAGGAAAGUGUUGCCCCUUCAGUUUGCAGACAGGAAAGCAGGACUUGCCCGGGGCUUCAGGCUACACAGAUACUCGAGUCUGAGUUUAGUUCAAAAAAGGCAGAAGUGGAAAAGGUUGAGAAAACCUGUCAGGGCUAGACAGCACGUAGCGUGUGGUUUUCAGUCAUUGUUUCAGCCACAUCCUCUGUGGAUAUGACAACCUUUCCUCCUCCAUCGUCGUCUCUGUGAGAGCUCUCUGCCAGCCACGCCACACACCCCCGCCCCCAACCUGAAACAGAGGGCAGCUGAUGUGCCUGGCUAUGCACUCUGGCGAGUUAGGAAGUCCUUCUGGUGAUCUUACACCCGGCCCGCUGCAGUUUCUCUGGGCCUGUCCUCACUGGAAAAAAACAGUCUCCAUCUCAAGAUAGCUGCUGGGGUGUCCUGCUGACUCCCCACACUCGGGGGGGGGUCCCCACCCCUUCUCAGGAAGCAGCUGCAAAUCCAUUGCCCUGGUCCCCUCACCCACUCCCCCCCCUCUCGCUUCUUCUCCGUGGUUGCAGACUGGCCCCAGGCCUGCGUAGGAGGCACCCUUGGGUUCCCAGUGCCCAGCACUUUGUAGCCCCACUCCGGAUUACUAGCCCUUCCUGAGAGCCAAGCCCUGGUAGGGGCAGAGACAGGAAAUAAAUGCAUCCCUCCUCCCACAUGCCCGCGCCCCCUCCCACAAGUAAAAGUGAUGACAGCCAUGCCGAGUCUGGUUUUAAGGCCCAUAGUGGGUGCAGACAGCUCCGGCUGCUAGAAAUGGGUCCUUAUUUACAAGGCUGCUUUAAAGUUGUCCCAGGCGAACACACUGAUUUAGAAAGCACAAGGAAAUGGAGAAGUUUUGAUAACCAUAUUACUGUAAACUUGGUGGUGGCGGGUACAGACCCUUGGUGACAUACUGUCAUGUCGAGGUGUUAACACCUGCCACAUGCACAUCUUCGGUAAAACCGUCCCAGAGCUGGGAAGGGGGUGGGGGGAGGGUGGAACCUGCUUUGCACUAUAAUUUGCUUAAUGUGUUUGUUUUCGAUGCACAACUUGCUGUAUGGUACACUGUUCAUUCUCUGUCUAUUUAACUGUAAAAUGGAAUUUUGACUGAUUUGUUACAAUAAUAUAACUCUGAGAUGUGUUGAAGGA